GAUCAGAACCCCGUUGCCUUGUCGCUCCACUGCCCACUGCUCGCCCUUGGCUCAAGCUGCACGAGCUUCCUUCUCCUCCCCCGGUGGAUCUAGCCCGCUAGGGUUCAGAUCCACAACGAGAAGAAGAGGAAAUAAUCAACUUUUUAUUGUGAGUGCAUCCGACGGACACCAUUACCGAUCAAGCCGGCUCUGAGUUGCUGCUACCGAAGAAAAAAUCCUGGCUCCACGUAGGCUGUAGAUUGAGAACACUAUCGCUGCAUUAAUUGAGCUAGCUCUCAGCUAGCAUGGCCAUGGAGACGGCUCUUGUUACCGUGGCCACAGGGGUCCUCAAACCUGUCCUGGGGAAGCUGGUUGUUCUGCUCGGCAACGAGUACAAGCGGUUCAAGGGUGUGCGCAAGGGGAUCAGGUCCCUUACUCAUGAGCUCGGCGCCAUGGAGGCUUUUCUCACCAAGAUGUCAGAGGAGGAGGAUCCCAAUGUGCAGGAUAAAGUUUGGAUGAAUGAGGUGCGGGAACUGUCCUAUGACAUGGAAGACGCCAUCGAUGACUUCAUGCAAAGCAUCGGUGACAAAGACGAAAAGCCAGAUGGCUUCAUUGAUAAGAUCAAGAGCUCACUAGGGAAGUUGGGGAAGAUGAAGGCUCGCCGUCGGAUUGGCAGAGAGAUUCAGGAUCUGAAGAAACAGAUCAUCGAGGUGGGCGACAGGAAUGCAAGGUACAAGAGUCGUGAGACCUUCUCCAAGACUAUCAAUGCGACCGUUGACCCUAGAGCUCUUGCUAUCUUUGAGCAUGCCUCAAAGCUUGUUGGAAUCGAUGAACCCAAGGCUGAGGUAAUCAAGUUGUUGACAGAAGAGUAUGUUCGUUCAACAGUGCAGCAACAACAGCUACAACAACUGAAGAUAUUCUCCAUUGUUGGAUAUGGAGGUAUGGGCAAGACAACUCUGGCAAACCAAGUCUAUCAAGAGCUCAAAGGACAAUACGAGUGUCGGGCUUUCGUAUCAGUUUCACGAAAUCCAGACGUGACGAAUAUCUUGAGAACCAUUCUCAGUGAAGUCGCUAAGAAAGAUUAUGGUUGUACGGAAGGGGGGAGUAUACAACAACUCAUCAACAAGAUCACUGAUUUCCUAACAGACAAAAGGUACUUUGUUGUUGUUGACGAUAUAUGGGACGUGGAUACGUGGGAUAUUAUUAAGUGUGCAUUCCCAGCAACAACUUAUACCCGUAGAAUAAUCACCACUACUCGUAUAAACAGUGUCGCUCAUUCAUGUUUAUCAUCAUUCAAUGGCUGCAUUUACAAUAUAAGGGCUCUUGGUAUGGUGCACUCAAGACAGUUAUUUCACAGAAGGUUAUUCAAGUCUAUUGAAGAUUGCCCUUCAUACCUUCAAGAAAUUUCUGAGCAGAUAAUGAAAAAAUGCCAUGGGUUACCUUUGGCGAUCAUUGCUAUAUCUGGUUUGUUGGCUAACACAGAAAAAACAGAAGUUCUAUGGAAUCAAGUGAAAGAUUCAAUUGGUCGUGCACUUGAAAGGAAUCCCAACGUCGAAGGAAUGAUGAAGAUAUUAUCACUUAGUUACUUUGAUCUGCCUCUUUAUCUAAAAACAUGUCUCUUAUAUCUGAGCACAUAUCUAGAAGAUUCAACUAUCAAGAAGAAGGGCCUGAUAAGAAGAUGGAUUGCUGAAGGAUUCAUUCAUAGCGAGGGUAGAUACACGGCAUAUGAGUUAGGAGAAAGGUGUUUUAACGAACUACUCAAUAGGGGUUUGAUCCAACCUGGGGAGACAAAUGACUAUGGCAUAGUGAAGAGUUGUCGAGUUCAUGACACAAUUCUUGAUUUCAUCAUAUCCAAGUCCAUAGAAGAGAACUUUGUUACUUUACUUGGUGUUCCCAUUCCGACAAUUGGAAACCAAGGCAAAGUUGUUCGUCGACUUUGUCUACAAGGUGUCGAGGCAGGAAAUUCAGCAGUAUUGAUAGCAGAUCUCGUGUUUUCCCAUGUCCGAUCACUUAUUGUGGUUAGAGGUCUAUUGGAAAUCCCUUCUUUGGAGCAGUUCAGACAUCUGCGUGUUCUUGACUUGAUGGAUUGCUCCGAAUUGGAAGAUCAUCAUCUUGAAAAUAUAGUGAGGUUGUUCCAGCUGAGGUACCUGAAUCUCAAAGGUGCAGAAAUAAGCAAGCUCCCAGAACAAAUUGGUAGUUUAGGAUGCUUAGAGGUGCUGGACCUAAGAGGGACUUCUGUAAAGGAAUUACCUGCAUCUAUUGUUAAUCUCAGAAAAUUGAUGCAUCUACUUGUUGGUCAUGAUGGUGUUAAAUUUCCUGAUGGGAUUGCAAAGAUGCAAGCACUAGAGACGUUAAAAUAUGUCAAUGCCUCCAUUCAGCCAUUAGACUUCAUGUGCGGCCUUGGUCAACUAAUGAAUUUGAGGAAUCUGCAGCUUAUGUUUGAUUUCGGGAUCACAAAUAUGGCUAGGAAGGAGCACAACAAAGCUAUUAUCUCCUCCAUGUGUAAGCUUGGCACCCAGAAUAUUCGUUCCCUGAUUAUUCGGGAUGAGAGUGGCCUCUUAGAUGACGAAUCUUUGUGCCUGCCUACCCUCGAGUACCUUUCUAUCCAUUUUCUGAUCUUCUCAGAGGUUCCGACAUGGGUGGGUUCCCUCAGAAACCUCCAACGGCUACGCCUUGCUGUGGAGGGGCUCAAGCAGGACGACCUCUGCUCCCUUGGGGCUUUACCCAGUCUACUCGUUCUGUGUCUGGAUGAUGAAACAAAGUCAAACGAAAAGCUCAGAAUCAAUGGUGAAGUUGGGUUCCGAUUCUUGAAGAUUUUUGUUUAUUGCAGAUGUUUUAAACCAGCAGAUCUGAUUUUUGGGAUAGGGUCCAUGCCAAAGCUUGAAAAACUAGAGCUUAAUGAGCUUCACAUGGUUGAAGCUAACUCUCUCGGCUUUGGAAUUGAGAACCUCCCUUGCCUCACUAGUGUCAAAUGCAUUGUUGUUCGCGGUGAUGCUGGCAUUGCUGAAGCCGUGAAGUCAGCCAUGAAGAGAGCAGCCAGCACGCAUCCCAACCACCCUAGUCUACGCUUUUCGUGAUUUCACUGAUACUUUGAAUUAACAAGCCAACAACAGGGGAGUUGCUUCUGCUCGUCGUUCGGCCGGCCGGCAGGUUCAUCUUUCUUUUAUGAUACACUAUUCUCUCGGUCGGAUAAUAAUGUACAUUGUAGAAUUGAUUAAGACUGCUACUGUAGUUCAUUCUCUGUAAUAACCAGUAUCCGCGUUGAUGGGUUAAUAUUAUUGGGUGACCUUUCGUAGUCGUCAUUCUGUAGUUGUCAUGCUCUUUGGCAAAUCAUCAUUCUGUAUCCACCUGUAUGUACUCAUCGUACUCUUUAAUGAAGCAAGCUUUUGUUCCCCGGUUA